AAUAAAAAUAAAGAAACAUUGACUCAUUUCUUACUCAUUCGUUUCAGUUUAUUUAUUUACAAUUAGAUAACGUUUUUAAAACCCAAAAAAUGAUAAAUUAUCUUCAAAUAAUAAUCUCGAUUUUAAUCAUAUCGGUUUUAAUUAACGUUUCUGGCGGAGUCCGCGUUUGGUGUUACCAAUGUGUUAGUACAGAAUCCGGUUGUGGGAGAGAAUUUAAUUGGUGGUGGCAUUGGACUAAAAUUUGCCCCGAAGAUGACGAUGUUUGUGUUAAAAUUGAAGAACGGAAAGAUACUGAUGAAAUUAUAACGAGGGCUUGUUUGAGUACAAUUAGAGGUUAUCGAACCGAUAUUCCGGCUGAUCAUUACGAAGGAUGUCGUCCGGCUGCUAAAGAUGUCCGUUUGGGACAUUACGUAAACAAUUCAAUUAAAGAAUUGGACGUUCAUCGAAACUAUUUUGAAUCUGUACAGUAUUGUUUUUGCUUUUUAGAUCAUCGGUGUAAUGGAAGCUUUAAUUUAGUGCCCAAUUUAAUGAUAUUAAUAGGCUUAAUAAGUUGGAAUUUAUUAUUGUAGGUAAUUCACCAAGGUCUGUUGAGUAUUGGUUAUUUAUAAGGUUAUACAACACGAACAAAUUGACGUUGGCGGGGCGAGGAGGGAAAUGUGACGUCAUUGGAGGAAAAAUAUAAUAUAGUGUAAUAUUAUUGUUAGGCCAUAAAUAAUUUGUACCAUCAUUAAUAGUCAAUUUAACUUAAUAUUUAACGAAGGCGUUUUAACUCUCUCAACACUACUGUCUUAAAGUAUUUCCUUAAAGAAAAUUCGAUAAAAAUAAUGUAUAGUGCCGCCAUCUAUUUUCUAAACAAACAAUUAUUACUACAAUUAUAACAUUUUUAUCCUAACUUUAGAUAUAAAUAUAAUAAUAAUAUCUAUCAAGUUAAACACUAAACAAGUGUUAUUAAACUCAAGAAAUAGAGAGUUUAUGUUGGUUUACGUAUAUAAAUAAAAAUAUAGAAAUGUCAAUUCCUCCAAUGACGUCACAGCAAGGUCUCUGCGGGGGGAUACAUCCAUAGGGAGUUGGACAACCUUAUACAUUGACCGGCAAAAAAAGGCCACUAAAAUUUAGCCUAAAUUUCAAAGCUGGCUUUCUCGCGAAUCACUCAUUCGAUUUUGAUCGAAAGGGUGAUUCUUCUGUAAUAAUCCUGCGAUAGAAAUUUUUAUUGGGAUAUUAAUUUGAG